AUGAACAGGAGCGCCCGGUUACAUGGAAAAGGUGACCUGAGAGUGGAAGACGUCCCAUUGCCGGAGACUGGUCCAGAAGAUGUCCUCGUCCAGAUGGCUUUCGUGGGCAUGUGCCACACUGAUGUCCACUUCUUUGACCACGGCCACGUCGACAGAUUCCUGGUGGAGCGACCUCUGACCCUGGGCCAUGAGAUGAGUGGCGUGGUCAGCCAGUUGGGAUCGAACGUUCUUGGGUUCAAGCCCGGAGACCGGGUGACCAUAGACACCAACCGGCCCUGUUUCCAGUGCAAGAACUGUGGAGACCGAAGGUACAACAUCUGCAGCGACGGCAAGUACGCCGGUCUGCCUCCUAUUGACGGUGGCUACGCCAGGUUUAUGGUGACUCCCGCCUACACCUGUCACAA